AUGGCUCUCGCCAACAUCGACACCACCACGGUGCCCGCGCCCGACCCCGUUCAAGAAACCCCCCAUGUCGCCGUGACUCCCUGUGAACCGUGGCCGGCGCCCUAUUACAUGGAGCGCGGUCUGCGUCGCGUCCGCCCUUACCACUACACGUAUAACACCCACUGCAAGGAGCGAUGGCGGGGUCGAGAACUGCUAGAGAUCUUCACUUCGGAGUUUCGGGACCGGAAGCCAGCAUACUACAAAUGGGCUCUCGAAACCGGCCAUGUCGCCGUCAACGGCAAGCCGGCCGGCCCAAACACGGUCAUCAAGAACGGCCAGGUCAUUUCCCACACUGCACACCGACACGAGCCGCCCGUGACCGGCCUGCCCGUUGGAAUCAUCCACGAAGACGACGACAUCCUCGUUAUCGACAAGCCGGCCGGUGUACCUGUCCACUCCGCCGGCCGGUACCACUACAACUCUGUGGUGGAGAUUCUGCGCUCAGAACGCGGCAAUGAGUGGGUGCCGCGGCCCUGCAAUCGGCUCGACAGACUGACCUCGGGGAUUAUGUUCAUUGGGAAACACCCCAAGGGUGCCGAGAAGAUUUCCACUCAGUUGGCAGCGCGGUCCGUGCAGAAGGAGUAUGUCGCCCGUGUCAAGGGAAAGUUCCCAGACGGCGUGGUGGUGUGCGACCAGCCCGUUAUGCAGGUUAGUCCGAAGCUGGGCUUGAACCGCGUCCGGGCAACGGGCAAAGAGGCCACGACGAAAUUCCGCCGUCUGGCCUACUAUCCUCCCUCCGCGGCGGCGACCACCGCUCCCGCAGAGACAAUUGCUUCCAAAACCGCCACGGGCGAAGCCCCCCGCGCGGCUACUCCGCCACCGGCGUUCUCGAACGAAGCGGAAGGCUACAGUAUUGUCCACUGCCUGCCUCUGACGGGCCGCACGCAUCAGAUCCGCGUGCACCUCCAGUUCCUGGGCCAUCCGAUCACCAACGACCCGAUCUAUUCCAAUCGGCGCGUGUUUGGUCCGGACCUGGGUCGUAACGAAACCACCGCAGACCGCGACGAGGAGAUCAUAGAGCGAUUGUCGCACAUGGGCAAGACGGAGCUGCCGGACACGAUCAGCUACCGGACGCACCUUACCGCAGCACCAAAUGUGCCGCCGGGCACAGACCCGCUCGUCGUGGAAGAGAUCAUGUCGCGCGAACAGGCGGCCGCAGCAGAAGCCUACGAGAAGCGAAAAGGCGAGCGGCUGUCCGGCGAGCUCUGCGACGUCUGCGGCACGGAGCUCUACUCGGAUCCAGGCGUCCACGAGCUCGGAAUCUUCCUACAUGCCGUCGCUUAUGCGGAUAAAGCUGGUGAGUGGGGCUACCGCAGCAAGAUGCCGAGCUGGGGGUUGCCGCCGCCGGGCUUUGAUGGGCCUACUGAAGUCCCGGACUGGCAACCUGCAGCGGAUGGUGAGGAGACUGUCAUCGGCCAUGGAACUGUGCCCCACGGUAUUGGUGAAGAUCUGGUCGAGGGACAACCGAGACCUGGAUUCAGUGGCCCGCUUCUCGUGGAAGGGGUCGGUGUUCUACACAUCUCGGACUCGCCCCAGGAGCCGUCGGAGACGGUGCCUGCCGCGUCGUCUUGA